AUGCGUUCUGGCGCAGGUGCCGAAGAAAUAUACAAUCCAACUUGGUAUGCUUACGAAACCAUGGAGUCAUUUUUACUACCAGUAUAUACUUGCAAUGAAGGGAUAAACACCGAAACACAAUCACAACAAAUAGAAGAAGAUACAGAUCAGACAGAGAAUGACCCUCUGAUAAGAGACCGUACAAGUACGGUUACCACACCAUCCACACCACCAUCUAGAUCACCAUCCAGACCACCAUUCAUACAAGCUGUUACUAAUAAACGUCGUCGCCCUGCUUCUGAAACGGCUGAAAAGCAAAUGGCCGUGGCUUUUGGACAAUUAACAAAUGUUUUGGGUCAAAGGCAGAAUGAAAAUAUACCUGCUCACAAAGACGAUGAUUGCGAUCUAUACGCAAAAUUAUUGGCUAUAAAGCUACGUGAACUGUCAACUGAUGAACGAAAAAUUAUGAUGUACCAAAUAGAUGGUGACGAUUCUGUGGCCGAUUCUAACUACUCUCCAAUGGAAAUGGAAAUUCCUGUUCCUAAUGCAUCAGUGGAUAUGCAUAUAACGCCAGACAAUGAGACACCUGAAAAUAUUGGAGAUAUUUCUUUGCUACAACAAAACCAACCAGUGUCCUAUAGAGAAAAGAAGCAAGAAACCAAAUUAAAAGAAAUCUUGGCCAAUCUUAUGUGA